AUGGAGCGCUGGGGGGGCCCCUGGCUGCUCUGCCUGCUGCCGCUGAUGGCGGUGGGUCAGCCGCUGGACGCCGGCUCUGCAGCCUAUGAGGAGCGGACGGCGACGGGGAUACGGGGCCGGGAGGUGGAGCUGAGCUGCGGGAUGGCAGCGCCGGCCGUGGUCUUCUGGAGCUUCACGGCGAUGGGGAGCGCGGGGCCGCCGCGGGCCGUGGCGGUGGGCUCAGGGCCGGAGGUGGUGGUGGCUCCUGGCGCGGGCGCGCUGGGCCGGGUCACGCUGCGCAACGGCACUCUGGAGCUGCGGGAGCUGCGGACGGCCGCCGCCGGGCGCUUCCUCUGCCAGGGGCUCUUCCCGGAGUGGGGCCGCCUCCGUGUGGGAUACGCCGCCGUGAUGCUGCGUGUGCUGGUACCCGUCUCCAAGCCCUUCGUGCGGUUGACGGCGGCAGCAGCAGCGGAGGGGACAGAGGUGGCCCUGACGUGCACCGUGCGGGAGGGGACAGCACCGCUCAGCUUCUCCUGGCAGCACCGGGAGCCCCACGGAAGACUCCUGGCAGCCCCUGUGGGGCUGGGAGGCUCUGGGGCAGAGCUGCUCCUGGCACCCGCCAACCGCAGCCACGCUGGCUGGUACGCCUGCACGGCCCGCAAUGAGGUCAACAACCGUACCAGUGAACCCGUCUACCUCGACAUCGUCUACGGCCCUGACGAGCCAGCCAUCAGCGUGGAGCCCUUCUCCCCAGAGCAGGGCAGCUUCUCCGCGGGCGAGCGGGAGGAUGUGGUGCUGAGCUGCCUGGCGCCCUCCAACCCCCCCAGCCGUUACAUCUGGCUGCACAAUGGCUCCCAGGUGCACAUCGGUCAGACCUUUGUCAUGUCGGCCAUUGCCCGGGGCCAGGCGGGCACCUACACCUGCCUGGCUGAGAACACCCACCUCCAAACCCGCACCCAGGCCACCAUCGUCCUCACCGUAUACUAUCCGCCGCCUGGGAGCCCCAGCUGCUCCGCUCUGGCCACUGCUGACCUGCAGGAUGUGGCCCUGCGGUGCCGCUGGCUAGGGGGAUUCCCUCCAGCCCGGCUGCGCUGGGUGGGCCCUAGGGAGGAGGAGGAGGAGGAUGAAGAGGGGGCAGCAGGGCCCAGCUUUUCCAUGGCCACCAGCAUCGUGCCAGGGGCAGCCACGAGGAACGGCAGCUCCUUCGCCUGCGUGGCCACACACCCUGCGCUGCGGGAGGGGGCUGUGUGCAGGACCACUCUGUGGAUCCCGGCAGGCAGCCCCACAUGCAUGGCUGCGGCCACCAAGCAUGACGAAUACGUGAUGCUGCGAUGCCGCUGGGAGGGAGGCACGCCGCCGGCCACGCUGCGCUGGUGGGACGGCCGGGGCCGGGCGCUGGGCGUCCCCACACCAUCAGCCACCGUCCUGGUGCUGAGCACCGAUACCAGUCUGCGGGGCCAGGACUUCGUCUGCGUGGCCGCGCACCCACUGCGAGCCGCCAGCACCGAGUGCCGCCUCCGGCUGGGUAAGCGAGGUGGUCCCCGUGUGCUGUCCCCACUAUCGUCGUCUCACGCCGGCCGGCGGCGUGCCACCAGCAGCCCCUCUCAAUGCGCAGAUGUCCCCAAGCUGGAGGUGGAGCGCGGCGAGGUGGCGGUGCUGGAGGGCGGCGAGGCACGGCUGGCGUGCCGGCAGCGCGGCGGCACCGAGCUGGGUGCCGAGAUGGGCUGGUACGACCCGCAGGAGCGUGAGGUGCCGGCGGGCACCACCAAGUACCGGCUGGAGCGCGGCGGGGCGUGGGCCAACCUCACCGUGCACGAUGCCGAGUGGCCGCAGGACGGUGGCACGUACCGCUGCGCCGCCGCCAACAGCGUGGGCACCGCCAGCCUCCCCGUCCGCCUCCGCGUGGAUCGGUACCCGGCCCCUCCCAACGUCACCAUCAGCAAGCUGCGGUACACGCGGGCGCGCACCGAGGUGCGGCUGCAGUGGCGGACGCAGGGCGCGGGCAACCUGACCGGCUUCGUGGUGCAGCGGCGGCCGGCCAAGAAGCCCCAGCGCCGCGUGCCGGGCCCUUGGGAAACGGCCGCUGGAGACAUCGAGCCGCACUCCCGCGACCGGCGCCUGGGGGGGCUCGACCCCCGCGUGGUCUAUGCCUUCCGCGUCCUGGCUGUCAACCACCGCACGGCCGGGCACCCCUCCGAGGUGCAGACGCCAGCUGAGCCGCCCUUCGAGGCGCUCCCGGCCGUGACGGGGGCAGCGGUGAUGGGGAUGCUGGUGGCCACGUCCAUGUCUCUGCUGGCUGUGCACUACAUUGCUCGCCAUCGGGACCGCCUGCCACGGCUGCACGAGCUGCUGUUCCGCAUGGCUGGCCCUGAUGCCCCACAGCUUGCCGAGGAUGCCAACGUGGCCGUGAGCACGGAGGACGGAGAAAGACAGGGACAGGAGGAGCCGGGUGGCCUCAGCACAACAGCCAUGGAAGGUAGAGGGCGGGCAGAGCCACCAGCAUGGUGGUACAGCCUGGUGCCACUGAGGCUCUCCAUCCCAUCCCAUUGCAGAAGAGCCACGCUCAGCCCCACCAGCUGA